AUGGGCUAUGGAUGCCCAUUGAUCAAAUGUGGAACUUGUGCUCUUGAUUGGAUGAAAAAAUCUGUUCCAUUAAGAGAAAAUGAAGCAUCUGAAGAUAAAGUACAGUUUUACUGGAGAAGUGAAAAUUCCACAAUUUUACAAGUGGAUGGUACAAGGACUUUUAAUUAUGAUUGUGUCUUUUGUGCAAAUGACAGCACCCAACAAGUAUAUGAAGGUGUAGCUGUUCCAAUUGUUAAGUCGGCUGUCCAAGGAUAUAAUGGCACUAUUUUUGCCUAUGGGCAGACUGCCUCAGGAAAAACUUACACAAUGAUGGGGAAUGGCAAAUCUGUGGGCAUUAUACCUAAAGCGAUUGAGGAUGUCUUCAAAAUUAUUUGUAACAUUCCAGGCAGAGAGUUUCUUUUGAGAGUUUCCUAUAUGGAAAUAUACAAUGAAACCAUAACAGACUUACUCUGUGAUAGCCGGAAAAACAAACCUCUAGGAAUUCGAGAGGAUGUUAAUAGAAACAUCUACGUGGAAGAUCUGAUUGAAGAGGUGGUUGUUAAUCCAGAGCAAGUCAUGGAAUGGCUCAGGAAAGGAGAAAAAAACCGACACUAUGGAGAAACAAAAAUGAAUGAACACAGCAGCCGUUCUCACACCAUUUUCAGAAUGAUUAUAGAAAGUCGGGAAAAUGACCCUAACAACUCAAACUGUGAUGGAGCAGUAAUGGUAUCUCAUCUGAACUUAGUGGAUCUGGCAGGAAGUGAAAGAGCUAGACAAACAGGAUCAGAAGGUCUCCGGCUUAAAGAAGGAUGUAACAUAAACAGGAGUCUAUUCAUCUUGGGUCAAGUAAUUAAGAAACUCUGUGAUGACCCAUCUGGUUUCAUAAAUUAUAGAGACAGCAAGUUGACAAGAAUUCUCCAGAACUCCUUGGGAGGAAACGCUAAGACAGUUAUCAUUUGCACAAUUACUCCAGUUUCAUUUGAUGAAACUCUCAGCACACUUCAGUUUGCCAAUACAGCAAAAAGAAUGAGGAACACUCCAAAAGUCAACGAAGUCCUGGAUGAUGAAGCCCUCCUGAAACGAUAUCGCAAGGAAAUAGUGGACUUGAAAAAACAGCUGGAAGAAGUUUCUUCAAAAACUCAUCUCCAUGCAAUGGAGAAAGACCAACUAGCUCAGCUGUUAGAAGAAAAAAACUCUCUCCAGAAAAUACAAGAAAAUAGGAUACACAAUCUAACUGAAAUGCUCGUCACUUCCUCCUCGUUUACAUUGCAGAAAGAACUUAAAGCCAGAAGAAAAAGAAGAGUUACUUGGGCCCCUGGGAAAAUAAGUCAAGAGGACAUGGGCUAUUUUGCCAACUUUAAAAAACUAAAGGAAAAUGGUGCUAACAACAUGAUAACAUUGCCAGAGAAGUUUUCAGAAAGGGAGGAUUCUAUGUAUUCAGAAUGUGAGUAUCCAUGUCUGCCUACCUCUGAUGCAAUCUCAGAAAGUGAAUGGAAUUCUGGAGCUAAUAUGAACUGGAGUCAAAAAGACUUUGCAGAUUCUGUCCAGCUCUGUGAAACCCUAGCACACGAAAAGGAUAUUGCUAUAAAUGAGGUGAACGUCUUGCAAGCUAACUUUGACAGCCUAGUAUUAGAAAAUGAACAGCUGAAAUUGGAGAUAAGUGAACUGAAGGAGAAACUGAAGGAAAAGAUAGAAAUAGAUGAAUUUGAGGCAUUGGAAAAACAAACUGAAAAAGACCAUGAGAUACAACUAUUGCAUGAAAUUACCAACUUACAGAAUAUAGUUAAAAAUGCCGAAGCAUACAAUGAAGAUCUGGAGACUGAAUUAAAAUCAAAAUUGGAAGAGCUUAAAGAAAAAGAAAAUCAAGUAAAAGACUUGCAGAAAUAUGUGGAAGAACUACAGAAGGCAGAAACAGGGAAGAAAGAUGAGUCUCUUUCAAUGGGAGACUCUGAUAAAUUACUUGAUGAAAUUCAACAAAUGAGUAAGUCUCUCAUUGAUACGGAAACCGUAGCCCUGGAUGCUAAGAAAGAAUCUGCAUUUCUCAGGAGUGAAAAUCUAGAGCUAAAAGAGAAAAUGAAUGAACUCUUAAAUAGUUACAAGCAAAUGGAAAAGGACACUCAAUUGUAUCAAAGUCAAUUAGAAGCAGGAAAAGUGAGCUACAAACAAAUGCAAGCUGACUUACAGAGAGAGCUACAAUCUGCCUUUCAAGAAAACACAAAGCUAACCUUGCUCUUAGAGGGUAAAGCUCCGAAAGAUUUGUUAUCACUUGUGGAAUUAGAAAGAGAGAUGGCCAGUUUAAAAAAUGAAUUGGAUAAAGUGGUAGAAGAGAACACCGCUUUACGAAAGGAAGUAGAUACAUCAUCAGAAUUCAAAUCUCUACCCAAUAAAGUUGAGAUUCUUCAGAAACAGAUAUUUGAGAAAUCAGAGGAGCUAUUUUUAUUAACAUCAGAGAGAGAGAAACUACUCUUUGAAGUGGCUGAUAAGGAUACUAGACUUCAAGGCAUGUCAGAAGAAAUUGGAAAAUCAAAAGAAGACUUGGCAAGUACUCAACUGAAGUAUGAAAAGGCUGAUCAGGAGUAUCUACAGCUCAAAUACCAGUAUGAAGAACUUGAGCAAAAGUGGUUGGCUGCAUCUGAAGAAAGUGAGCAAAUGAAACACCAAGUGGAACACCUAUCUGAUGAAGCCCAAAAGCUUAAAACAGUUGUGGACAAUGUGAGACUAGAGCUCUCCAUUAAGAUGCAAGAAUUGCAAGAAAAGAGUGCUGAGCUAGAACAACUUCUUGGUGUGAAAGAAGAGCUCAUGCAAACUCAGGAGAAGUUGGGUGAAAUGGAGCAAUUGCAAGAGAAAUCAAAAAUGAAUGAAUCUACAAUGGAGGCUGAAAGGAUGGAGAAACUGGCAAUUGCUCAGAAACUUCAUGAAAGUCAAGAAGAAGUCAAAAUUCUAAUCCAGGAAAGAGAGGACCUAAAGAAAAAACAAGAAACUCUUCAAAGUGAGAGAGACCAACUUAAGGAAGAUAUACAGGAGACAAUUACAAUGAACAUCCUGGCACAGGAAGAACUAAGAAAUGCACAAAACUCUCUCUGUCAGCACCAGAAGACUGUUGAGGAGUUGGAGAAAGAUAUUUCAGAGAAAAGAUCUGAGAUUGUGAAUCUUCAAGAUACUCUAGGAGAAACUAUUGGUGAGCUGAAGCUCAAGAUAUUGCAUCUGACUGAAGAGCUAAAACAGGUCACUUUACAGCGAGACCAACUCCUUCAAGAAAAAGUAAAUACUAAACACCAUGAAGAAAGUGAUCAACUUGAUUUGCUACAGGAACAAAUCUUGUCUCUUAAUCAAGAAAAGACUCUAUUGCAGCAAAAACUGGAGUGUCUGCAAGUGGAAAAGGAACGGUGUGAGGAGUGCAUUUCACUGAAUACAGAGCUGGAGGAAGAACUGAGAAAUGCUUCUAGCUCUCUCAAAGAGCAUCAGGAAACUAUUGAGGAUUUAAAAGGAAAUAUUUUAGAGAAGGAAACUCAGCUCUCCAAAGUUCAAGAAAGGCUAGGGAAAAUAAUUGAUGAUCUGGAACAGGAGGUCAUUCAGUUAUCUGAAAAUCUGACUCUUGUCUCUUCUGAACGUGACAAAUUACUAGCAGAAAAAGAAUGUAUUGAACAAACAAUGAAUGAACAUAUAUGUCAGCAGCUUCAGGAGAUCUCUUCAGUUACUCAUGAAAGAGAUGAGUUUCAGAAAAUUCUAGAGUGUGUUGGAGAUCAGUUAAACAAAGAGAGGGCAAAAAUGGAAAAUCUACAGGAGGAGCUAAAAUGCCAAAAAGAGCAGGUUGAUGCAGAGAAUAAUUUGAUAAUAGAGAGAGAAAAGGAGUUGCUGAAGACAGAGACAACCCAGCUUAAAGAGAAGAUAGAGAAGUUGAAUGAAGAAUUAAACUUAAUUUCUGGUGAAAAGAAUCAAUUGACGAGCGAACUGAGAGAAAAUAGAGACAGCAAAAAUGAAUAUAUUCAGCAACUGGAGAAACAGCGUUUCUCGUUAACAGAAGAAAGAGACAAACUCCAGCAAAUGCUGGAGACUGUUAGAGCAGAGAAGAACAAACUCGAGGUGGACCUUAAUGAGAGCAUUGAGAAGUCUGCGAAAAUUCAGGCAGAAGUAGAAAAUCUACAUAAGGAGCUGAAAAAGCAGGCUGAUAUCCAGAAUAACUUAAUAAUAGAGAGAGAGAAGGAGUUAUUGAUGGCUGAAGAAAAACUAACAGGAGAAAUAACACUUUUAAAAGAGAAGAUAAAAAAGUUGGAUGAAGAAUUAAACUUAAUCUCUGGUGAAAGGAAUCAAUUGUUGAAUGAACUGGAAGAAAAGACAGAGGGUGAAAAUGAACGUAUUCAGCAAUUAGAGGAACAGAAUUCCUCAUUAAUAGAGGAAAGGGACCAACUCCAGCAAAUUCUGGAGACUGUUAGAGUAGAGAAGAGCAAACUCGAGGUGGACCUUCAUGCAAGUAUUGAGAAGAGCCUUGAAACUGAGAAGAAGCUGAAAUGGCAACAAGAACUAAUUAACAAUGAGGAAAACAAAGCUUCAGAAAAAGAAGCAGAGCUGCUGAUGCUUCAGAAGCAGUUGGAGAAUUUAGAGAGUCUGAAGCACCAGGUCCAUCAGCUAACGGAUGCAUUAAAUAGUGUUAUGCAUGAAAACCAACAGUUAUUGGCUGAAAAAGCUGAGUAUCUCCAACUUCAAGAACAGAUUUCAUCAAUUAAUCAAGAGAAAGAUGAGCUUCAACAAAUACUUGAGGGUAUAAAGUCUGAGAGAGACCUGCUUAAGACUGAACUGGAAGAAAAAAUUGACAUGUGUACUGAAACAAAUGCAAAACUUGAAUGUGCUCUAGAUGAAUUAAAACAGAAGAAUCUGAAUGAUGUCUCCGUUCUGGCAAACCAACCAGAUGAGAGAGAAUUGAGCCAUGCAGACAGCAUGGAAGCAAAAAUCUUGGAAGUGAAGGAGCUUCUUGAGAAAUUCCGAAUGAUGGAAAAGAAAUAUGAGUGUCUCACUAUGGUAUCACUAAAUCUGAAAAGUGAACUCAGCAGUCAAAAAGCACAAAUAGCCAAGGUGCUGACACACCUUUCUUCUGAACAGGCAAAACAAAUCAACAGGCUUCAAACUGAAAAUGAGAAAAUAAGCAAUCAUCUCCAGAGCUUGUUAAACAAACUCAAGUUUCUGUUCAGCCGUGUUUCCUGGAAGAAGGCAGAACACUAUACUGCCAUUAACAACCAUGAAAUGGAAUUGCUUGAUGAGAAGAGAAAACAGGAUGAGCUUGUCUUCCAAAUUCGGUGCCUCAAGAGGACUUAUUCAAAACAGGAUGAAACAGCUUUCCAAGAGUUAAACAACCAUGAAUUGCAGCAGAAAUUGGACUUAAACAUCAAGAACAUUCUCAGAGACAUGUCAGAAAUAGAAACUGGGCUGUUCAGCAUAGAGGCUGAGCUUCAACAGCAACAGAGUGCUAGAAAAGAAGCCAUGCAGGUUUUGGAAACAUGUUCAGAAAAUCAUUGUGAUGUAGAAAAACUUAAAGAAGGAAUAAAGCAAGACAAUGAGAGGCUUUUACAAGUGAUUAAAUUCUGGACACCCAAAGUCAAGAUAGUCCUUCAAGCUUCCUCAGAGAUGGAUACCAGAACUGCCAACUAUCGCAAGGACUCAGAAAUUGAAUUGAAACAAAGAAAACAGAAAACUGAAGAGUUACUUGAGGAACUGAAGACAGUAAAGGAACAACUGGCACCUUGUGGUGUUGCUAAUCUUGCUCUAGAAGAAAACUAUAAGCUUUUUAACCAAUUAAAAGCUACAGAACAAGAUAUAAAGAUUAUGAAAACAACAAUCCAAAAGCUGGAAAAUGCAGUAAAUAAAGCAGAAAAAAAUGUCGAGGAGAAAGAAGAGAGAAUAGCCAUGUUACAAACAGAGAUUAGAAAGAAAUCUGCUACAAGUGAAUUUACCAAACUUCAGGCUAAAUUAAAUGAGACUGAGAAGUGUCUUAAGAAAGAGUUAACAGAAAAGCAGACGCUCAAGGCAAAAUUAGAUAAAGGUCCCACGUUCUAUAAAGAAGAAAUUGAUAAUCUCAAAACUCAGUUGGUGAAAGCUGAAAUGGAAAUAAAGAAACAAUCCAGCAUUUUUGAACAGAAAAUUGCUAAUACAGAAGCUCUUGCGGAACACAGAGAGGAACAGUUAAGAAAAUUAAAAGAGCAGCUCAGAAGAGCACAGCAAGAACAGGAGGUUACUGUAACAUUAGGAAAAGAUAUUCCUCGGGAAUCCAGUCUACCCCUGACCUGUGGUGGUGGUAGUGGGAUUGUGCAGAGCACACAGAUGCUGAUUUUAAAAUCUGAACAAGCUAAAUUACAGAAGGAAAACCUGCAGUUAAAGAAACAAAAUGACCUUCUAGUAAGCAAUGAGCUUCAUCUGAAAGAGGAUCUUACAAAAUGGAAAGAGAGAGCACUAAAACUGAAAGCACAGUCCUCUAGAGAAACCACUCAAGAGAUGAUACAAAAGUCUCCAAGGAAGACAGCAUCUCGUUCACGUAAAGAGAAAAUGCCAUCUCCUUUCAAGGAACCAUCUUCACAAGAAAUUCCGCCUCUGGAUUCACCAAAUAUACAGCCUCUGACUUGUCCAAAUUUCUUCGAUAACUCAAGCUUAGGCACGCUUAUGGAUACACGACCUUCAGGAACAGAAUGUGUGGAAGAUCACUUUAAGCUCUGGUUGGGAGCAUCAGAAAAAGAUAAAGCAGCUGAGUGCAUAACCCAGUAAAAUGUCCUUUAUUGUUCACUGUCCUUGCUAGUGUCUUAAGUCCAGAGAUUAUAUAUAAAGAAGACUUUUUUCUACAGAAAUAACCAGUAUGUUUCAACUCUAGCCAGUGGGGAUAAACUUCCUUGGAGCAGGAACUAAGCAAAUAACAUUUUGGAAUACAAAAUGACUGCAAAAGAUAGUGUUGCCUAUAUCCAGCUGAUGAUGUCACUGUAACAGUUCUGCUUUGCUUCUCUUGUGAUGGCAAAGACGAUGAAGCCCGUCAGUUCAAGAGGGAGUGAAAACUGGAAUGGCUCACAAAUCAGAGAAUCUCUACUGUGCAACUUUUCAAUGUUAAACUUUCCCCUCUCACUCCUAUGACAACUUUCUAAUGACAAUCUAUUUAAUCUUGAAAGUCCAUAAGAAAUGUGGAAUUUUUUUUCUAUUUUUUUUUCUAGUAUUUGAUGUUACUUCAGGUUUUAUAUGUUGACUUUUCUAGGACAGGGGAAUGGUAUUCUCAUUCAGCUUCUUUUAACCAGUUUACCGAUCUAAACAACAUUCUAUUUAUGAACUCUCAAUCAAGGCUACAUUUAAAAAGUUUCUACUUCAUGUCUGUAGUGCGUAGUUGACUCUGGUUUCAGAGUAAUUUAAACUUUUGUCAAUAAAGAUUGUUAUAUACAUA